GGAACACACAAACCCAGAUUCAUGGUGUGCAGGUGUUUGCAGCCAGUCAUGGAUACCACCACCUCCCUGAAGAUGACCUCCCUGGCUGUCCAGAGUCUGUUCAGCUACGUGGAGGAUGAGAACCUGGUUGCCAUCAAAGCACAUUUGGACAAGUUCCGAGAUGUGGACAGCAGGAGUGAUAAUGGACAGACUCCCCUGAUGGUGGCCGCUGAACAGGGCAAUCUGGAGAUAGUACAAGAGCUCAUUAGGAGGGGAGCCAACGUUAAUUUGGAUGACUCUGACUGCUGGACGGCGUUGAUCUCGGCAGCAAAGGAGGGCCACAUCGAGGUGGUGAGGGAACUGUUGGAGAACAAUGCAAACCUGGAACACCGAGACAUGGGAGGUUGGACUGCUCUCAUGUGGGCAGCCUAUAAAGGUUGUACAGAUGUGGCCCAGCUGCUUUUGGACAAAGGAGCUAACCCUAACAUCACUGGUCAGUACAGCGUCUACCCCAUCAUCUGGGCAGCAGGUCGUGGCCACGGAGAGAUUGUCCAUCUCCUGCUGCAGCACGGUGCCAAGGUCAACUGCUCAGACAAGUAUGGUACAACCCCAUUGAUUUGGGCUGCUCGGAAGGGCCACUAUGAAAGUGUGAUUCACCUUCUGGCAAACGGUGCCGAUGUGGACCAGGAAGGAGCAAAUUCAAUGACGGCUCUGAUUGUGGCCGUGAAAGGCGGCUACACAGAAGUUGUCAAGGAGCUGCUGAAGAGGAACCCGAAUGUCAACAUGACAGACAAGGAUGGCAACACCGCUCUGGCCAUUGCUGCCAAGGAAGGACACACUGAGAUCGUUCAGGACCUGCUGGAUGCCGGGACCUAUGUCAAUAUCCCAGACAGGAGCGGGGAGACGGUGCUGAUUGGAGCAGUGAGAGGAGGUCAUGUGGAGAUUGUCCGCGCCCUGCUGAACAAAUAUGCUGAUAUUGACGUCAGGGGCCAGGAUGGAAAGACUGCCCUCUACUGGGCAGUAGAGAAAGGCAAUGCUACCAUGGUGAGAGACAUCUUGCAGUGUAACCCUGACACAGAGAGCUGCACAAAGGAUGGAGAGACGCCACUUAUCAAAGCGACAAAAAUGAGGAACAUAGAAAUAGUGGAGCUGCUGCUGGAUAAAGGAGGCAAAGUGUCUGCUAUUGACAAGAAAGGAGACACGCCCCUCCAUAUUGCCAUCCGAGGGCGGAGCCGAAAGUUGGCCGAGCUGCUUUUGAGGAACCCCAAAGACGGCCGCUUGCUUUACCGCCCCAACAAGGCUGGAGAGACCCCAUACAACAUCGACUGCACCCACCAGAAAAGCAUCCUCACACAGAUAUUUGGAGCCAAGCACCUGUCCCCGACAGAGACGGAUGGAGACAUGUUGGGGUACGACCUGUACAGCAGCGCUCUGGCAGACAUCCUGAGUGAGCCAACCAUGCAGCCACCAAUCUGUGUUGGGCUGUAUGCUCAGUGGGGCAGUGGCAAGUCUUUCCUUCUGAAGAAACUGGAGGAUGAGAUGAAGACAUUUGCCGGCCAGCAGAUAGAGCCAUUGUUCCAGUUCUCGUGGCUGGUGGUCCUCCUCACGCUGCUGCUCUGUGGCUCCGUGGCUGUGGUCCUCGGCUUUACUGUUGAUCCUAAACUGGCAAUCGCUGUCUCCCUCAGCCUCCUCGCCCUGCUCUACAUCUUCUUUGUGUUGGUGUAUUUCGGAAGUCGGCGCGAGAGGGAGAGUUGGAACUGGGCGUGGGUCAUCAGCACUCGACUGGCUCGCCAGGUCGGCUACCUGGAGCUGCUCCUCAAACUGAUGUUCGUCAACCCCCCUGAACUUCCCGAGCAGACAACCCGCGCCCUGCCUGUCAGGUUCCUGUUCACCGACUAUAAUCGCCUGUCCAGCGUUGGAGGGGAGACGUCCAUGGCUGAGAUGAUUGCCACGCUCUCAGAUUCCUGCGAGAGGGAGUUUGGCUUCAUGGCCUCGAGGCUUUUCAGGGUUUUCAAGAAUGAUGAAGUCCAAGGUAAAAAAUGGAAGAAAACAUGUUGUGUUCCCUCCUUCGUCCUGUUUGCCCUGACACUAGCCUGCCUUAUCACCGGCAUAGCCUUGUUAGCCAUCUUUAAGGUGGACCCAGAGAACUUGACGGUAAACGCAGUGCUGAUAGCUAUGGCCACUGUGGUGGGUCUGGCUUUACUGCUCAAUUGCAGGACCUGGUGGCAAGUGGCCGACUCGGUCCUCAACUCUCAGAGAAAACGCCUGCACAGUGCUGCCAACAACCUGCACAAACUCAAGAGUGAAGGCUUUAUGAAGGUUCUGAAGCAUGAGGUGGAACUGAUGUCAAAAAUGGCCAAGACCAUCGAUGGUUUCACCCAGAACCAGACACGUAUGGCAGUCAUCAUCGACGGCCUGGACGCCUGUGAACAGGAUAAAGUGCUGCAAAUGCUCGACACGGUGAGGGUCCUCUUCUCCAAAGGCCCCUUCAUAUCCAUCUUUGCCAGCGAUCCCCACAUUAUCAUAAAAGCUAUCAACCAAAACCUCAAUAGUGUACUGAGAGACUCCAAUAUCAAUGGCCAUGACUACAUGAGGAACAUCGUCCACCUGCCAGUAUUCCUCAACAGCAGGGGCCUCAGCACAGCCAAAAAGCUUUGCAUGGCAGCCCCCCCCAAUGGAGAGACAUUGCCUGUUGAAGGAUGGCAUGAAGACGUGGAAAAGAAGUUGUCUCAGAACAACUUGGGCCCAGACCAGGCCAAGUUUGGCAGCAAGAACGCCCUCAAUCGCAGGGACACGUACCGACGUCGCCAGAUGCAGAGGACCAUCACCCGACAGAUGUCAUUUGACCUUACCAAGCUGCUGGUCACUGAGGAUUGGUUCAGUGACAUUAGCCCACAGACAAUGAGGAGGCUGCUCAACAUUGUUUCUAUCACAGGUCGUCUGUUGCGAGCCAAUCAGAUCCUCUUCAACUGGGAUCGUCUGGCGUCGUGGAUCAACCUGACAGAGGAGUGGCCUUACAGGACGUCGUGGAUCAUCCUCUUCCUGGAGGAGUCUGAGGGAGUGUCUGACCAGGUCUCUCUCAAGACCAUUUAUGAGAGAAUCUCUAAGAACAUCCCCACCACUAAGGACGUGGAGCCACUGCUGGAGAUUGAUGGAGAUGUCCGCAGCUUUGAGGUCUUCCUCUCCUCCAGGACUCCUGUUCUCACUGCCAGAGACGUGGAGAUGUUCCUGCCCUGCACCGUCAAUCUGGACCCCAAACUCAGGGAGAUCAUAGCAGAUGUCCGUGCGGCCAGGGAGCAGAUGCACAUGGGAGGAGUGACCUAUCCCACGCUGCCACUGCAAGAGACAGUGCCCCGUCCACAGUCAGGUUACAACCAGCACUCUCUCGCCUGCUCUCCGGCAGGCUCCUUCACAGGAUCCUUGCCUCCUCAGCCUCACAGUGCCUACUUCAGCGGGAUGACUGGCCCACAGCACCCCUUCUAUAACAGGCCUUAUUUUCCCCAACAUGUGUAUCACCUGCCACGGCAUUACUCCCACCAUGUUCCCUCAUCCUUGCCUCCCUCCAUUAAACCACCUGGCCAUCCUCAGGACACCAGUGGACUUGAUGUUAUUGCAGAGGAUGCCAGAGAAAGCCUCCCCUCCUCUCCCUCUGACUCCACCAUGGUCCCUCCUGCGGUCCUGCUCAGCUCUAUGAACACGGACACUGUGUGUGAACGUCUGAAACAGAUCGAUGGAAUUGACACCAGCAUGCUUCAGCAGUACACCUCCACCAUCAAGAAGGCUAAUAUAAAUGGUCGGGUGCUGUCCCAGUGCAACCUGGAUGAAUUGAAGAAAGAGAUGAAGAUGAACUUUGGUGACUGGCAGCUCUUCAGGGGAAUGGUGGUAGAACAACGUCAUGCUGAAAGCCAGGCUCUGCUCCAGGAAGAGACCCGUUCUGUGAGCGAGCAGGGCAGCAGCAUGGUCCACGGGGACAGCAGGAGACGCUUUGGAGGAGCCCAGCCCGAAGCGGCGGCUUUCGGUCUCAACCUCAGUUUUGAGGAGCUCAGUGGCGCUGGACUGGAGGAGCCUCCGAGACACAACAGCAGCUCACACUGGCAGGUGGCAAAUCACCAUACUUUGAGCCUGUCCAGCCUCAACUCGCAGGAGUCCUCCAAUGACAUCUGUAAGCUGACAGACAAGCAGCAGGCCGAGUACAGAGAUGCCUACAGGGAGUACAUCGCUCAGAUGGCCCAGGUGGAGAUGUCCGGCAGUGGAGGAGAAAGACCCAUGCAGCCUCAUCCCGGUCAAUUCCUGCAGGCUGCCAGCUCAGAGGACAUAGGGGCCAAAGAAGGAGCAGACCAAGACGGCCGCAAGUCCCUCACCAAGAGAGGCUCCAAGACGAGUGAUGCCACAGAUUUCGCCUCGGGGGCUGAUGCCCAGACCCUGGACCCCAUCAGUGAAGAGGACGAGAGGCCGGACCACAGCUCAUCCUCCAGGACUCCAGGCUCCGUGAAGAAGGGAGCUGGGGCCUACUACUACAAGGUGCCCAACGAUGAAGACUCAGGCCCAGAAGAAGACAACACCACACCUCUCCUCCACAAAGAGGCAACAUCUGGUGCUCACUCUGCCCAGAAGGCCUUCCCGCCCACCAAGCCAGACUCCCUCAUCGAGAUCCUCCUGGAUAAGAAGGACUCUUCCGACUCAGGGAUGCGCUCCAGCGACAGCUCCUCCGACCACUCGUCCGACCGCUCGUCCGACCGCUCCCUGGAAGAGCCUAACGGAGACGCCGACAUAGAGGGAGAGGCUAUGAAGUGCAGUCUGAUCGAACUGGAGCUGGAGGGGCUGGUGAAGAAGAGAGUCCUGCUGCCCAGCAGCCUGAGCGGCCUGCAGGACGCCACCGUGGCCCGCAUGUCUAUCUGCUCCGAGGCCCCGUCUGAAGUCAGCCUAAUGGCCAGCAGCCCAGACGAAGGGUGGCCGUCCAGUGGGGUCACCAACCUCAACCGCAGCGCCAGCAACGCCACCCUUAACAACAACACAAGCAGCCCAAGCGACGCCAACACCAACACUAACAACAGCCGGCAGCAGCAGGCCAACAUCUCCGUCACACAGUCCUCCACCUCCUCCUCUAACAUUGACGUCUCACCAGCUGUCAUCAUCACCCCCGGCAGCAGCAGCAGCAGCAGCGGCGGCGGCACUGCUUACACCACGGCUGCCACCAUCCACAACCAGAACCUGCACACCGUCAGCAUGGGAGACGAGCGGGAGAGCGUCCUCUAAGACGCCAUAUGUGUUAAUUAUUCGUGUAGGCUGCUGUUCUCCAUGUUGUUGAUUUGAAAUUAUCACAUUGUUAAUGUUGUGAAGUGUCCCAAAGACAUUAGGGUAGAUGCGUGUUUGAGUGUUAGGAAGACGAAAUGUAGAAAAUGUUUGGCUGUGAAUCAAGUAGUCGAGCAGCGCGAUACCCUUGAAUUAGUCAAGUCGUAGAGAAAAGAGGAACGAGAGAAAAGUCUGAUACAGUUGUAGUUACAAGAUAGUUACACGGUAGUUACGUCGGUAUUUAAAUGUAGUGGAAAAUACUGGGAGUGCUAUAUCUUUCCCAUGUUACAAGGCAUGUUUCAGUCCCCGUGUUUGAAUAGUUACAGUGUCAUUUCGAUGGAGUGUUGUGAACAUUUUAUUACUUGGAGGAAAAGUGUUGCUUCAGGAAUUGUAGUCAAUAGUGGGGGGGGGAGAAUAAAAUAAAAGGUCGAAUAGGUGGCAGUGUUAGACAGUGUAGUAGUAGUUUAUGUGGUAGAAGAAGUGCAUGCGUCCGACUCCUACGUGCUUCUGGUCUUUUCCCAAAAGUUCAUGUGAAAGUGUGUUUAGUGAAUCAAUAAACAGUUUGGCGAUGCGGACACUUGAAACCAGUGUCGUGUUUUCUUUCUCUCUGCAGAGAAACCAGCUGGGCUCGGUCAGGCGUCCUGUAAACUCAACGGACCUCUCGUCUUUGAGAUAAAAUAAAUAUCUUGUGUAUCUCCGCUGGAAUAAUUUGAAUGUAAAUGGUUUUAUUAGAAAAUGUACAUUACAUAAGUCAAUAAUAAAUGAAUACUAAUAAUUUGAAUUCA